CCGCCCAUUCCCCCCGUGCCCGCGGGUCUUCCCCGCCUGGUCCCCACGCUACCACGAGCCCCCUCCCCGAGAGCGCCUUGAUCUGGAAAGCUCGGUGUGCCCUUCCUCGUGUGGCUGCCGAGCACCUGAAGUGUAGGGAGCGGCCGGGGGACCGGCCUUACGGUUCCUCGUGAACUCACUCGUUACCGAACAGCCGCCUCGGAAGGUGCCCGCGAAGCGCAGACUUCCGAGUCGGGUCCGCUCGGCGCUGUGCGGGGAGACACGGCGACCGCAGGCGGGGGCUGGAGGAUGGGCUAAUGCGGCUGGCACUUUUUGAGUUUUCAGAUUUCACAGAGAUGAUGAGAGCCCUGGGAUACCCACGACACAUUUCUAUGGAAAAUUUCCGCACACCCAACUUUGGGCUUGUGUCUGAAGUGCUGCUCUGGCUUGUGAAAAGGUAUGAGCCCCAGACUGACAUCCCUUCUGAUGUUGAGACUGAACAAGACCGAGUUUUCUUCAUUAAGGCCAUUGCCCAGUUCAUGGCCACGAAGGCACAUAUAAAACUCAAUACUAAGAAGCUUUACCAGGCUGAUGGAUAUGCAGUGAAAGAACUGCUGAAGGUCACAUCUGUCCUUUAUAAUGCUAUGAAGACCAAAGGGAUGGAGAGUUCAAAAAUAGGAGAGGAAGAUGUCAGCAAAUUCAAGUUUGAUCUCGGCUCCAAGAUUGCAGAUUUGAAAGCAGCCAGGCAGCUUGCUUCUGAAAUCACCUCCAAAGGAGCAUCACUAUAUGACUUGCUGGGCAAGGAGGUUGAAUUGAGGGAACUGAGAACAGAAGCCAUUGCCAGACCUCUGGAAAUAAAUGAAACUGAAAAAGUAAUGAGAAUUGCAAUAAAAGAGAUUUUGGCGCAGGUUCAGAAGACUAAAGACCUGCUCAAUAAUGUGGCCUCCGAUGAAGCUAAUUUAGAAGCCAAAAUUGAAAAGAGAAAAUUAGAACUGGAAAGAAAUCGGAAGCGACUGCAGACUCUACAGAGCGUCAGACCAGCCUUUAUGGAUGAGUAUGAGAAGAUUGAGGAAGAAUUGCAAAAGCACUAUGAUGUUUACCUAGAAAAAUUUCGAAAUUUGGCUUACCUGGAACAGCAGCUUGAGGAUCAUCACAGGAUGGAGCAGGAGAGGUUUGAAGAAGCUGAAAAUACUCUCCGCCUGAUGCAGAACAAGCUAAAGGAGGAGGAAAAGCGGCUGCUCAAGAGUGGAAGUAAUGAUGACUCAGACAUAGACAUCCAGGAGGACGAUGAAUCCGACAGUGAGUUGGAGGAGCGGCGGCUGUCCAAGCCACGGACGGCCAUGGAGGUGCUCAUGCAAGGAAGACCAGGCAAACGCGUCGUGGGCACAAUGCAAGGUGGAGACUCUGAUGACGAUAUGGAAGCAGCACCAGCUCUCUUAGGUAAAUGCAAGACUCCCAGCUCCAGGAAGCAGGAAGACUCGGAGGACAGUGAAAUUGACAUGGAAGAUGAUGAAGAAGAUGACGAUGAUUUGGAAGACGAGAGCAUUGCUCUCUCACCAGCAAAGCCCAAUCGAAGGGUUCGGAAACCUGAGCCCCUGGAUGAGAGUGACAAUGACUUCUGACCCUCUUGCCAAGGGACCCAGGCAGAUUAAAAACCUCAGAUUUGUAGACAGAUAGCUACAGAAUUCUGCCGCAUGGAAGCUCAGCUUGCUUAUCUCUGUAGGGAAGUCGUACCCACAGGAGAGGCUUUGGAAGCCUAACACAGGAUAACAACAUCAAGGAACCAGCAUUGACUAACCAGUGUGCCAGACUUCAGAUAAUGUGGCAGACAUCAUCCUUGUCCAAGAGAUCUUACGUAGAGUGAAUCAAAACUGGCAGAACCCUUGGAGACUUUUGUCUCCAUCUCCAAAAUCUUAGAAUUAAAUUCUUCAUUUAUCUUCACAAAUUUCCUUUAAUUUUUCUAUGCCUAUAAGGAUCACUCAAAAGUCUUUCCUUCUUAAGAAAGGGAAGAAAGGUCCCCACUGUCACCCCUGCCAAACUUAUGUCCUUCAUGGACUUGAAGAUGGCAACUCAUUCCAGAGAAAGGGAUGAUUUUUUUCAUCAGAUGAAGGGGAAAAGGGGGUGUAAUUUUUGGGGUGUGUGUGUGUUAGUACUGGGAAUUAAACCCUGGGCUUCACACUUCUAAGUAAGUGCUCUACCACCAAGCUACCUCCCCAUCCCUUUUUAAAUUUUAUUGUGAGUCAGAGUCUUGCUAACUUGCCCAGGCUGGCCUCAAACUUGCCACCCUCCUUCCUUAGUCUCCCAAUUAGCUGGGAUUACAGGAUUAUACUACUGUACCCAGCUAAAUUUGUUCAAAGUUGGGACUUUUAAAUACUUUGGAUAUAAAUAAUGUGGAACCAACUCCCUACAUUGAUGAGCUUUGAGACUUUUGUCCUUAAGUCCCUUGGUAGCAGCUCCUUCUCUCUACCAUUGCAGAAUUUCUAUCCACCAUUGUCAGGACUUGCCCUGGGCUAGGAAAAGGUGCCUGAGACCUCCUUUGUAGCACCCGUUUUUCCUCUGUGCAGGAGACCAGCUCUUGUACUGGGUCAGCAGCAUUCCCAGAAUGCAGGAUUGUGCCCAGAGAUCACUUUCUGUUCAGAAGCUUUCAUUCUCUGGAGUCUGUCCAUCCUCUCCACCAGUGACUGGCUUUACUCACAUCUUCACAGUGCAUGAGGGAGCUUUGGUCUUGAUAGCUUCUGAGAUCAUCCUGGCACCAGAGUCCCCAACUUGAUUUCCCUGGAGACUAGAAGAGAAGGGUUAGGACAGGGCUCAGCACCCACCCAUUCCCUUGAGUAGAGCAGUGGUCACCAUAGUAACUGAGGAACCUUUGUGCUUCCACAGUCCCUACUACAGAUGAGUCUGCAGCUGGCUCCUCCUUAGAAUGCAUUCCCCUGUGGAGCUGCUGGGAGGCCUGGGCACUGGUUCCCAGAAUUGAGCUAAAGGCAGGGCCUGACCUGGGUUCAGUUCUGAAGGUGGGGCAAAAGUGGAAAGGGCCAGUGCUAGUGAAGCUACUCACUUGAUGUGCUGCAGACCAUGGUUCCCAGACAGAGCACUGGCAAUGCAUAUGGCCCCAUCCAUCCCCAAGGAGUUCUCUUGAAGACUAGGCAGAGAAAAGAUGGAGUCACUACAGUGAGUCAUCAGGACCAGAGAAAUGCCUAAGGAGACAUUACCUUAUUGGGGGCAGGGAGGACAAGCAGUUCUGGGUUUGACUUGUUUGUAGGUGCCACAACUGUGAGAUGGCAUUUGACCAUAAUGGUGUCUGUCAGCAGCCAGGUUGCCCCACCCAAGACCCUAAGUGCAUAUUUUAAGUGAUUUCUGACUUAAGCAGAAGGAACAAAGCCACCGACAAAGGGUAUGGACUUUAAUAGUCAGAGGAGUAGCUAGAGGAAAUCGGGAGCAUUUUAGCUCACGGGGAAGAUCCAGCACAGCAGUAUGCUGCUCCAGGACACAGGCAGGUUUGACAGCCACUCACUUAAGCCUUCGGAGACUGGAGUUAAUCUUCAGUGAGCUGGCCAGGGCCUUCGCUCCUGCCACUCCAAUGGCAUUUCCUCGUAAGCUGUCAGGAAAAACAGGACACCUAAGGUACAGGGACAGGCUGAGAAGUGACAAUGGCAUCUCUCCAGGUGGAUGUGGGGUUACUUGGACUUCGGCAAUCACUGGAGGUGAGGGUUGCACCUUCCUCACUUUUAGGCACUAGAACCAGGCUGGGCUCUAGAGAGUAGGACAACACGAAGGGGGUUGAGGCCAGCCCAGGCUUGGGUGCUUUGUUGGAGUCCUUGUCCUUUUACAUUUCCAAGAAAGGCUGGGCUGAGAUGGACAAUGCAGCACUCCAUCCAGCAAGUGACCAGCUUUGCCUCAUAGGGAACCAUAAGAGCAGGGAUGACCUGGACACACCCAAGAGCUCCCUCACCAGGGGUUGGACCUUCUCAGAGACCAGGAUCCAUGGCCACUGCUACCACGGAGACCUAAACAGGGGCUCCACAUAUGUUUAGCCUGGGCAAGGCCAACCCAAAGAGCAGGACAAACUAGUGACUCCAGGAAAAGGGCAGGGAGUGGGAAUAGAGACGCUGGGAUACACAUGACCUGAAAUACUGAAGAUCAUCUGUGAGUUUCCGUGUCAAUUGGUAUCCACUAUGAAUCCAUAGCUUGAUUUCUUUGAGCAAAAGACUUGCCGGAGACAGGAAUACUCACUCAAGAAUCUCCAGCGUUCUGUUCACAGCCAGGGCUUCCCCCAGUGCCUGGGCCCCUGGUGCACCAAUGGAGGCCACCUGGAGGCUACAAGGGGAGGGGCAGUCAGUGUAGGCAGGCAAGGCCUCCCUCCAAAAGGUCCACGCUUCACGGGGAGUAGAAGUGGAGAAACAGCACUGCAGAUUAUUGGUCUAUGACCUGUCCAGAGAAUACUACUGCUUCUCCCUCCUACACCCUGAUACCUGAGACGGAGGUCUGGACACAGGGUGCAGAAAGCAGAAGCAAUCUCCUGGAUUUACUGGAGGAGGACACAUGGUACCCCUAAUUCAUGCCUCUAGGUGUUUGAUUUCCCAGUUACUGAUAUCAAACACACCUUUCUUGACUGUAAACAAAGAUGGUGGGCAGCAUGAGAGGAUGGUGAAGGAGCUGGGCUCCUGGCACCACAGGGACUUACUAGAGAGCAGUGAGGGCUGUGUUUGCCUUUAGCGCACUGGCCACCGCAGAAGCUCCCUCAUCCCCAAUGGCGUUCUCCUGUAAGCUGAACAGAGUGACCUCUUCAGGCACAGAGGGACGGGCCAGCACUGUAGCAAGGACCUGAUGUGUUUGGGCCUUCCAGAUUCAAUUCAGACUACACACCAGCCAUGAACAAACCAUCAGAGUUUAGGAAAGAACACGUGGGAAUUGUUGAUAACAAGGGUUCGGGACCAAAAGAGGAAUGCUUUUCAAAGCCAACCAGAAACUAACUCAAAGCUCUCAAUCUCCAGACCAUUCUUGCUGAUUAGGGUUUUAUAACCACCACUCCUCAAAAUUCAAGGAAAAUAGCAGACACUGGCACGAUAAAUGACUUGAGUUUAGGUCAAGCGGAUAUGGCAUGUAAAGUGAUCAGUCUGCAUUCAUUAUAUUUGAGCAUGCCCUGUGUGCUGGAUAUGUGCAGGAAAGGCAAUUCUACCCUAUUGGAACUCAGAUUGGAAUUUGCAAUUAAAUGAGUAGUUUAGCUAAGUACAGCUGCAGGGAAGGCCAAUGGAGUCUCCUAUCCCAGUGUGGUACCCAGAGACAGAUCUGAACCAACACAGGUAAUGAGGGGUGGGGAGGGCUUGGCACCUCUGAGGAGCCCAGGGAAAUUGAGCUGAGUUCCUGGAGUGGUGAGAAACAAAAGACUGGGGAGAGCUGAGGUUGUGGCUCAGAGGUAGAGUGCUUGCCUAGGACAGGUGAGGCAGGUAAGGUCCUGAGUUCGAUCCUCAGCACCACAUUUAAAAAAAAUAACAAGUAAACAAAGGUUAAAUUUAAAAAAAAAAAAAAGACUGGGGAGUGUGAAGGAAAUAGAUCUUUCCAGGCCUCGUAAGCCAUGCUGCAGGGUAACACUUCACUGCAGGCACUGGACAGCACUGAAGGAUCUCACCCAGGUGGGGACACUGUUCAGCAACCUGAGGGGAUGGCCUGGAUAUGGAGGCUGCCAGGGAAGCAGGUGAGUAGGGAUGUGGCCUGGAUGCUGGCAGUGGAGGGGAAACAGAGGGGAGGGACACCACAAGGGAGAAUGGGCAGGACUUGGAGAUGAGCUGGAAAUGGAGGAAGGAGCAAGUGUGGUGCUCUGGCUUGCAUAGUAGCUUGUCCCAGGAGCCAGAUGGGGAACUUUCCAGAAAGGCUUGUGGAAAAGAAUGCAGCAUCCUGCUCUACCUGUGGGACACUGAGGGGACAGGCCAAGGUGUGAAUUCCACAGGGCUUAAGAGCUGGAAUAUUGAUGUGGAGGUCAUUGGAAUUCUCAAGGCAGUGGGAGCCCUAGGAGAGGAGGCAAACUCGGAAAAGGAAUGUCAUUACAAGGGCUUGGGCCAGAACCCCAAAGAGCCCCAGAAUCAGAGUGGAACAGAAGGGAAGAUUGAGGAGGACCAUCCAGAGAGAGUAUCCUGGAGGCUGAGGGAGAAUUGUCAGGGCAGAAGCAGAUGGGGCUCAAAAAAAGUCACAAAAGAUCACGUGUUGUAUGAUUGGAUUUAUGUGGAAUGAUGAAACGUCUAGAAUAGGCAGAUCCAGGGGACAGAUGGAUUCAUCUUUGAGGGAUUCGGGGAGGAGAAUGGAGAGUGCUGAUGGGUAUGGGUUUCAUUUUAGGAUGAGAGAAAUCUUCUAGGAUGAUCUUGGUACUGGUUUUACAAUUUUGUGUGUGUGUGCAUGUGCUGGGGAUUGGAUCCAGGGCCUGGAUCAUGGUAAGCACACUACCCCUGAGCUCCCCAGCACACCUGUGUUUAUUGUACAUUUCCAGGUUCAUCCAUGUUGCUGUUGCACCGUGUGUUAGUACUUCAUUCCUUCUUAUGGCAGAAUAUGUUUGUGUGCAUGUACACAUUUUACUUGGUAUAAAUAAAAUGGGCAAAUUUUAUGGUA